AUGAUACCAUUUGUGAGUAAUAAUAAUACUAUUAAAUGGACAUUUGAGAAUUUGAAUAAUUGGAAUGGAUAUUCAAAAUGGAGUAAAAUUGUGAAGAUUGGACCAACUAAAUGGUUUGUUUUUAUUGAAUUAACUAUAAUGAGGAAAUAUACUUUAGGAGCAUUGGAAUUAAAAAGAAGAAUAUGAUAGAUGGCAUAAAUUAUCUUGGAAUAUACUUGACAUAUUCAGGAGAAAAUAAAUUGAAGAAAAAUUGGUUUUGUGAAACAAAAAAAAGAAUCAAAUUGAUUAAUCAAACUGGGCAGAAAUCCAAUAUAACUAUAGCAGAUACUGAAAUUCAUGAUCAUAUUUUCCGUUUUUGGGGAUGGUAUCAAUGUUAUAAUUGGGAUAAUUUGAUGGAAGAUGGAUAUAUGAAAGACAACUCAAUUAUUGUGGAAAUUGAUAUAAGUUUGAAAUAUUAUGAUUUUUCGAAAAUUUCAAAUUUGACUGAUAUUAUUCUCAAAAUCGGUGAAUAUGAAUUUCACACAAACAAAGGGGUUAGGUUCAAAAAUUAUGUUGUUUUUCAAUUUACGGACGAUUUUUUCAGAUUUUAUGCUACCAAUCUGAAUAUUUUUACAAUUUAUUUGUCAACAAAAAUUAUCAAGGAAGUGUUAUUGAAGUCAAAGAUGUUCAAAUCGCUGAUUUUCGACAAUUCCUAGCUUCAUUUUAUCCGCAUUUUGAUGAAAUUGAUAGAAAAAACUUCAUAUUUCUCAACAAAAUGGCCAUGAAAUACAAAGUUUCAGUAUUGCGAGAAAAUUGUGAGAAGUUUUUGAUGAAAGAUACUAGGAGGUCAUUGGAAAACAAAUUGAAAUAUGCUAACAAUUAUGAUUAUCACAAUUUGAUGGUGAGAAAUUUGGAGAAUUUCUGAUAAUAAUAAUAUUUCAGAAACAUUGCAUUGAAUCAUUGGAUAGUGUUCAAAAAAUCAGAAAAAUUCAAGAAUCUUAUAUUUAUUUUGAUUUCAAAGAAUCGACAAAACAAGCAAUUAUUGAUCGAGUUUUGGAAUUGAUGGAUUGA